CUCUCCCUCCUCUUUGCCUUCGCAACCUUAUCUUCAAUUCAGUUGAAGCGAAGGGAAAAGCACAACUAAGCGGCUAUGGCUUCAACUGUUGCUACUUCUUCUCUGGUCCUUCCAUCUCUAAACCCCAAUAAGAUAUCUCCUGGGAAUUCUAAACCCACUUCUAUUUCCUUAUUCUGUCAUUCCUCCUUUAAGCCAAUCUCGGCUUCAGCUUCAUUUUCUCGCUCCUUGACUUCGUUUGCCUUUCAACCUCUGUCAUCUCGUUUUCUGGCAAAGGUUUCCAUUUCUUCGGAGCUUGGGGAGGAAGAGACCUUCAGUGAGGAAGAAGAUGGGCCUAGCUUCGCUCCUGACGUUAAACUCUUUGUGGGUAACCUUCCUUUCAGUGUUGACAGUUCCGACCUGGCUGAUCUCUUCGGGAGCUCUGGAACUGUUGAGAUGGUCGAGGUGAUUUAUGACAAGAAUUCUGGGAGAAGCAGAGGAUUUGGUUUUGUCACCAUGUCAAGUCCUCAAGAAGCUGAGGCAGCCGCUCAGCAGUUCAAUGGCUAUGAAUUGGAUGGGAGGGCAUUGAGAGUGAAUGCCGGACCUCCCCCACCAAAGGACUCUUCUUUCAGAGGGUCCAGAUUUGGUGGAGGUGGCACAUCUUUUGGUGGAGGUGGUGGUGCAUCUUAUGGCACAUCCAAUCGUCUCUAUGUCAGUAACCUCCCCUGGAACGUUGAUGAUUUAGCUCUUCAGAACCUAUUCAGUGAGCAGGGAAAGGUUGUGGAAGCCAAGGUUGUCUAUGAUAGGGAUAAUGGUAGAUCUCGGGGCUUUGGAUUUGUUACCUACUCUCAUUCUGAGGAGGUUGACAAUGCCAUCGAGAACUUGAAUGGCGCUGAGUUGGCAGGCAGAUCAAUUAGAGUCUCUGUGGCAGAAUCUAAACCUAGACGUCAAUUUUGAGCGCUGGUUUUCUGAUAACAUCCCACUAAUAGAACUCUAUGGGAUCUGGGAGAUGCAGCUGCUUUUAGUUUUGCCGCUCGAAGAAGAUUUGUAGAACAUGCCCUUUUGUUUUUGUGGUAGCUGCAUCUGGUCUCUCUGAACACACGUUUGCCUUUGGACCUACGAGAACUGAUAAUUUGUGUUAUACUUAUUUUGAUGUUGGUUCUGAAUACCAGAUUCCAGAUAACAGUGAUAUGUUUCAAUGUUCUUUUGAAUCUUCAUUGAUAAAUUUGUUAAAAGGAGGGGGCAGCAUUAUCAUCUGCAUUGUUUGUGGUAACUCCUCGGAGUUUUCAUGGCAAAGGAAGUUCCAUUUUGUGCUCUCUCUUUCUUCGGCACUGUGUUGCUUGUAUACAGUGAUGAACUUUAUGACA